CACGCCCCCGGCCCGGCCCGGCCGCCGCACCCCGCCCCGGCCGGCCCCUCUAGCAUGGUGCGGGGCCGCCGCCGCCUCGUCCUCCGGCUGCCGACAUGGGCGAGAGGCUGGAGCUGCGGCUGAAGUCGCCCGUGGGAGCCGAGCCCGCCGUGUACCCCUGGCCGCUGCCCGUCUACGACAAACACCACGAUGCUGCUCACGAAAUUAUUGAGACAAUUCGGUGGGUCUGUGAAGAAAUCCCAGAUCUCAAGCUUGCCAUGGAAAACUAUGUUUUAAUUGACUAUGAUACAAAAAGCUUUGAGAGCAUGCAGAGACUGUGUGACAAGUACAACCGAGCCAUUGACAGCAUCCACCAGUUGUGGAAGGGGACCACGCAGCCCAUGAAGCUGAACACACGUCCCUCCAACGGGCUCCUGAGGCACAUCCUGCAGCAGGUCUACAACCACUCGGUCACCGACCCCGAGAAACUCAACAACUAUGAGCCCUUCUCGCCCGAGGUCUAUGGAGAAACCUCCUUUGACUUGGUGGCCCAAAUGAUCGAUGAGAUUAAAAUGACAGAGGAUGAUUUGUUCAUUGACUUGGGCAGUGGUGUGGGGCAGGUGGUGCUUCAGGUGGCUGCAGCCACAAACUGCAAACAUCACUAUGGAGUGGAGAAAGCUGAUAUUCCAGCCAAGUAUGCUGAGACGAUGGACAGAGAGUUCAGAAAAUGGAUGAAAUGGUAUGGGAAGAAACAUGCAGAAUACACACUGGAAAGAGGUGACUUCCUCUCAGAAGAAUGGAGGGAGAGGAUUGCAAACACAAGUGUUAUUUUUGUGAAUAAUUUUGCCUUCGGGCCCGAGGUGGAUCACCAGCUGAAGGAGCGCUUUGCCAACAUGAAGGAAGGUGGGAGAAUUGUGUCCUCAAAACCUUUUGCACCUCUAAAUUUUAGAAUUAACAGUCGAAACUUGAGUGAUAUUGGCACUAUCAUGAGGGUUGUGGAGCUGUCACCACUGAAGGGCUCUGUGUCCUGGACGGGGAAGCCAGUCUCCUACUACCUGCACACCAUUGACAGAACCAUACUUGAAAACUAUUUUUCUAGUCUCAAAAAUCCAAAACUCAGGGAGGAACAAGAGGCAGCUAGACGUCGUCAACAAAGAGAAAACAAAAGUAACACAACUACUCCAACGAAGGUCCAAGAAAACAAGGAUUCUGGUGCUGAAGAAGAAAAAGCUGCAGCAAAUUCUGUUAAAAAGCCAUCUCCCUCCAAGGCCAGGAAGAAGAAGCUGAGUAAGAAGGGCAGGAAAAUGGCAGGGAGGAAACGAGGGCGCCCCAAGAAAAUGAACACGGCGAGCACUGAGCGCAAGACCAAGAAGAACCAAACUGCACUAGAAAUUCUGCAUGCUCAGACUGUCUCCCAGACAUCUUCAUCCUCUCCUCAGGAUGCCUACAAGUCACCUCAUAGCCCAUUUUUCCAACUACCUCCUAAAGUGCAACGGCAUUCGUCCAACCAGCUCCUGGUGACACCCACCCCCCCUGCACUACAGAAGCUGCUAGACUCAUUUAAGAUCCAGUACAUGCAGUUCAUGGCAUACAUGAAAACUCCUCAGUACAAAGCAAGCCUGCAACAGUUACUGGAGCAGGAAAAGGAGAAGAAUGCUCAGCUGCUGGGGACAGCCCAGCAGUUGUUCACCCACUGCCAGGCCCAGAAGGAGGAAAUCAAACGCCUGUUCCAGCAGAAGCUCGAUGAGCUGGGAGUUAAAGCUCUGACGUACAACGACCUGAUCCAAGCUCAGAAGGAAAUCUCUGCUCACAACCAGCAGCUGAAAGAACAGACAAAACAGCUGGAGAAGGACAACAGUGAACUCAGGAACCAGAGCUUGCAGCUGCUGAAGGCUCGCUGUGAAGAGCUGAAGCUGGAUUGGUCAACGCUGUCACUGGAGAACUUGCUGAAAGAGAAGCAGGCCUUGAAGAAUCAGAUUUCUGAGAAGCAAAAGCACUGUUUGGAACUGCAGAUCAGCAUCGUGGAACUCGAGAAGAGUCAGCGGCAGCAGGAGCUGCUGCAGCUCAAGUCCUACACCCCUUCAGAGGAGCCCCUGCCAGUGCAGCUGCACAGCAAAAGCCACCUGAGCCGUGACCCUGAGGCUGAGCAGGGCAGGUUCCAGCUGGAACUGGAGUGCUCCAAGUUCCCCAUGCCCCACAUCAAUGGCAUGAGCCCUGAGCUGUCCAUGAACGGCCACGCCACCCCCUACGAGCUGCAGCACGCCUUCAGCCGGCCCUCGUCCAAGCAGAACACCCCCCAGUACCCCAACUCCCACCUGGACCAAGACAUUGUGCCCUGCACCCCCAACCACAGCAGCAGGCAGAAGGCAGACAAGGUGACCAGCCUGGCCCUCCCUGAUUACACCAGGUUCUCCCCUGCUAAAAUUGCCCUGCGCAGACACUUGAAUCAGGACCAUGGAGUCAAUGGAAAAGCCACAGCUAAUGAGAUCCAGAGAGCUGAGCAUGUCAAAGAGAAUGGCCUUACAUAUCCAAGCCCUGGAAUUGCAAAUGGCAUAAAGCUGAGUCCUCAGGAAACUCGGCCCUCCUCCCCCGCGGCCUUACCCAGUGCAGGAGAGAAGGUUUUGAGAGAGAGAAGCUCUGUGAGUAAUGGAGAAACUAUCACCAGCCUCCCUAUCAGUAUUCCUCUGAGCACAGUGCAGCCCAAUAAACUCCCUGUUAGUAUCCCUCUGGCCAGCGUAGUCCUACCUAGCCGUGUUGAGAAGGUGAGAAGCACACCCAGCCCAGUUCACCAGAGCAGAGACUCAUCAACACUUGAAAAGCAGAUUGGUGCUAGUUCUCAUAAUGGCAUAAGCAAUGCUGCUGGAAACAAGCCUCUGGCUUUGGCUACCUCAGGUUUUUCUUACUCUUCUGGCUCCGUGGCAGUCAAUGGAAAUCUUACAAACAGCCCAGCCCAUCUUAACCAUAGUGUUGAUCAGGCAGCUCUGGACGACUCUGGGAGUCUCUUUAACUCUGUAGGGUCUCGGAGUUCCACUCCACAACAUCCUUUGCUAAUGAUGAGGAACUCUGGGCAGAACUCCCCUGCUCAGCAGCACUUGAGCCCCCGCUUAGGUGGCCCGGCCCAGAGCCUGGCAGGGGGACUGCAGAGUGCAGAGGCUCAGAAGAUCUUUGCCGAAGCAACAAAGGGGGACCCGCAGUGUGAUGCAGCCUUUUCAGAUCCCGAGAACGAGGCCAAGAGGAGAAUCAUCUUUACAAUCUCUCCUAAUACAGGACAUGUAAAACAAUCCCCUUGCAGCAAGCACAGCCCCGUGGCAGGCAGCUGCCAGGCCCACGGGCAGGACGGGAAGAAGCGGGGCCGGCGGAAGAGAUCGAACCCGGGCAGUGCCAGCGGCAACCCCCACCGCAAGCCCGCCCUCGCUGGCGCUCUCACACAGCCCCCCCGGGUCCCCCUCAACAUCAACUCCAUGGUCAAUAACAUUAACCAGCCCUUAGAAAUAACAGCCAUUUCCUCUCCUGAAAACUCCCUGAAGAACUCUCCUGUUCCUUACCAGGACAAUGACCAGCCCCCAGUGCUGAAAAAAGAGAAGCCCCUCGUUCAGAGCAACGGUGUCCAUUACUCCCCCCUGACAUCGGAUGACGAGCAGGGCUCUGAGGAUGAGCACAAUAGCAGCAGAAUUGAGAGGAAAAUUGCAACAAUAUCAUUGGAAAGCAAAUCUCCACAGAAGACUGUUGAAAAUGGUGGCAGCAUAUCGGGGAGGAAACAAGCACAAAGCAACGAGAACAUGAACAGCAGCAAAUGGAAAUCGACUUUUUCACCGAUAUCUGACAUCAACCUGACCAAAACCACCGACAGCCCCUUGCAGGCCGUGUCAGCUCUGAGCCAGAACUCCCUGUUUGCCUUCAGGCCUCCCUCCGAGGACGGGCUGCCCAUGGACACCAAGGUGCCAGGACACCCCAGGAAGAGCCUGGCAGUGCCCUCAGAUGGGCUGAGCCCUGGCACAAACCCCCCCAAUGGCUUCAGCUACAACGGGGGCCUGUCCUCCGAGCUGGGCCUGCACGGCUUCAUGGACGGCGCUGCUCUCCCUCACAAAGCUGGGGAUGGCUCCAACUGCUCCCUGGGCUUCCCCUCGCAGCGAGGCAAGGACCUGGGGGUGUCAGACACCAACCUGUUCCUGAACAAGAGGCAGCUGGAAGCUCUGGGCACCAAGGGAGAAGAGCUGAGCCGGCCGGGGGUGAAGGGCAAGGAGCUGGGCGAGCUGAGCGCCCGGGCCGGGGGGGCUGUGGAGAAAAACUCAGUGCAGCACAACGGGAAGGUCGGCAAGGGAAGGGACCGAGACGUGGAGUUUAAAAACGGCCACAACCUUUUCAUUUCUGCUGCUGUUUCGUCUGGUGGCCUUCUGAAUGGUAAAAGCCUUUCUACUGCUGUUUCCUCAGCAGGGAACCCAGCGCCGUCUGUCCCGACGCACCAUCCCUUCCUCAACACUCUGACCACUGGAUCACAGUUCCCCCUCGGCCCCAUGGCCUUGCAAGCAAACCUCAACUCGGUGACAAAUUCCUCAGUAUUGCAGUCCUUAUUUAAUUCAAUGCCAGCUGCUGCCAGUCUGGUCCACGUGUCAUCAGCUGCAACCAGACUGACUAAUUCUCACACUAUGGGGAACUUCUCUCCUGGGGUUACAGGUGGAACAGUUGGAGGUAACUAGGAUUUCUACCUCAACCCAAUGUGACCUAUGCAAGGACAACGUGGACCAACUUCACUCGGCUUCCACUGAAAGGUGCUCACCUGGCCUGUGCAGGGGUUUCUACUCUUACUACUGGACAAAAUAAAAACCAUAAAAAAAGACCUAAACAACAGAGCAAACAUUUACUGUGAAUCUGACUUAAAAAAAAAAAGGAAAAAAAAGGAAAAAAGGCAAAAAAAAAAAAUAAGGCAAAAGAAAUGCUUAAAGCUCCAGUUUGUAUUGUUGAUAGUUUAGAUAAAGUAUUUAUCUUUUUUUUUAAAGUGAAAACAAUUUUGACUUAUUUUAUUCCACCUAGAUUCAUAAAUACAACUUAUUAUUAUUAAAUUCUCUGAAUACUAAAGGACUGGCACACCAGCAGAGAUGUAAAAGAGCCUCCUCGGUGCUAUUUUGUCCGUCAGAACUGUGCCUCUGGUUUGAAUCCUUGGUGCUGAUUUUGGGGGGUUGACCAAUGCCAAACCCAGUUUUUAAAGGUCUGCAGAUUAUUUAUUCCCCUGCCUGUGUUCCUGUCCCAAACUCCUCUUGGUUGGCAGCCAGGGCUGACAGAGGAAGGAAUUCUCCCCGCGGGGUUUGGUUCAGACUGAGCCAGGCCCUUUUUACCUGGGUGGGUUUUAAUUGAGUUUGUGACUAAUGAGGGCUCUGUGCUCCCCUCUGGAGCAGCCUGGGCAGGCACAGCCCACGCAGGCACAGCUGGGACAGGAGAAAUCCAAGUCCUGCCCCAUCCAAACUCCUUCCCUGGGCCAUUUGGUGGCGCUGGGGUCACUGUGAAUUUUGGUAGCUGGUCUGGUAACGCUUCUUGGGGCUGGCCUUGGUGUUUGAGCAGGGUGUGUGCUGGCUGGUGCUGGUGCAGCCCUUUCCCAGCUUUGGGAGGGUUGAACCUUGUGUUUCUGUCCUGCUGCAGGCUGCAGAGUUUGCUCAGCUCGUUGUUCUUUCCUUCCAAGCACGAUGCGUUUCCUUGGCAGGGGUUUGAUACUUGACUCUGACCCGGCUUGGCCGUGUACAUGGAUUAACAAGGUGCAUUUUGCUUUUGUGUUCCUUUGCUUUGGAGUAGGUUCUUGAAUGGUAGUUCACAAAAACACCCUGACCUGACCCUGUCACUGUCCCCCUGCGUCGUGACUCGGUGCCGUGUGUGCAGGAAGGGCUGAUUUUAUAGAGCUGUGAUGAAAACUUCCGAGUUUCCUAUGCUUGGUUUCCUUUGGUUUUAGUUUGUACAAUGCACAAUGAACUUGUAAAAAACUUAUUUAUCCAAGUGCACAAAGUGAGGAGGAGAAGGAGGAUCCAUUUAAGUAGAAAUCAGGCUGGUCUGGUUCAGGCCGGGCCAAGCACCAAUUAAAAAUAUUACAGUAGAAAGGGGAUUGCAACAGCAAAAUGACUGGAAAAAAAUCACAUUCAGGCUUUGGAAAACACCUCCCUGGUGCUCAGAGGGGCAGCACUGUCUUUGGAGCCCUUCUAGUGCUCCCUGCUGAGUCUCUCACUGCAGUCAGGAGCCCCUUGGAGCCCCCAGGGUCACAGAGCUGCUCUGGAUUUGGGGUCAGAGAGGUUCCUGUGCCCUCCUGGGCUCUGCAUUUGGGGGCAGUGGGAUCCCUGUGCCCUCCUGGGCUCUCCUGCUGCCUGGGCCCAGCAGGGUUGGGAGUGUUGGAGGGCUCAGGGGCUGCAGCAGCUCCUCCCUCUGCAGGUUCAGCUCUGAGCCUCAUCCUGGGCAGUCUUGGGGAGGUUUAGGACCAGGUGCAGUUGUCCUGUGGAUUCCUGGCUGUGUCUUCCAUGGCAGCCUCUGUGCAGCCUCUGGGGUCUGGCUUUGCCUCCCUGUCCUCUGGGAAGGGACUGGAAGCCCUGGGAGUUGGGGGCAUUUUGGAAUUUCUGCUUUGUGUGGGACAGGGUGUGUCCUGCUGAGGGUCUGGCAGCACAAGGAGAACCUGGAGAAGGGCAGGGAUGCUCAGAGGGUGAGAGGAACAUCCAGUAGCUUCUCGUAGGAGCCAAACACAGUGUAUGUCCUGGAAUCCAGGAGCACAGUAACCCAGAUGUUUUGCAGCUGGGAGUUGGGCAGCUCCAGCUUCUGCCCCAGCACACAGCAGAGUGCUGGGGCCUCUGGAGACUGUAAAUGAGUGAUUGCUGGAGGGGCAGCAGCCUUAAUUCAUUUCCUAAUCACCUCUCCCCCAUCGUUGAAAUCUCUGUUGAAAGAGAGAGAGGAGGAAAUUCAAGUAGAAGCUUUUAACCCCCCUGCUUUGAUCAGAUCCUUUCCUGCAGAGGGAGCAGGAUUUGGUGCCCCUUGGAGCUCUUGUGCCUCCCUUCACCUCCAACCACAGAGAUCCAGGAAGAAAACUCAGCUGCCAUCCCUGUCCUGGCUUGGGUGGUGCCCAGGGCACUCCCAGGAUUCCUCCUGGAGAAGGAACCAACGCAGAGAUCCCAUGGAACACAGGCCUGGGUCACCUGUGUCACCUGUGUCACCCUCCCUGCUGGCACCUGGCACUCCCUGCGUGCUGAGGAGGGACAGAUCCUUUGGGAAUGAUGUGCUCUGCAUCAUCACAGCUGUCAGGGUGGCCUGGCCACUGUCACCUCACAGCUGGACUCACUGAUCUGGAAGAUCUUUUCCAACCUGAACAAUUCUGUGAUUCCAGGACCCUUUGGAGCCUUGGGUGAGGAGUUUGUCCCCUGCUCUUUGCUGGGUGCUGUGGAAAAGCAAAGCCUGGCUGUGCCUCAGUGUCACCUGUGUCACUGCCCAGGGCAGGGCUGGCUCAGGAGCAGCCUCAGCAAUGGCAGCACAGCCCCUGGAGCUCAGCAUCACCUGUGAUGAGCCUCUGCCACCCCCAGGAGUUUUGGCUCUGACUCUCCAGAUGUCACCCAGGAAGGGAAGCAGACCCAGGAGUGAAUCUUUGGGGUUCCUGGAAAGGAUCCAGUCUGCCUGGGCCUCAUCCUCCCCCUGCCUGUGCAGCACUGCCUGCUGCCACCCCAGUGCCCUCUGUGCCCCCCGCCACCCCAGUGCCCUCUGUGCCCCCCCUGCCACCCCAGUGCCCUCUGUGCCCCCCCUGCCACCCCACUCUGGGGGAUCUGGAGCUGCUCCAGCCUUGCUGCUGUCCCCCCCCCAGCCCAAGCCCUGCACUGUGACUGUUCCUGGUUGUGCUUCCCAGGUUGUGCUUCCAGAGGGAAGCCAAGGGGGCAAUUUGGGGCUGGUGCCUCAGCUCUGGCUGAGCUGGGAGAUGAUUUUGCCAGGAGAUUCCUGGUUUUGUCUUCCCUCUCCCUGACCUUUUAUUGCUUUGCCAUGAUCUGGGGCAAGCUCAGCUUAAAAUCUUGGACUCACAGAACAUCCUGAGUUGGAAGAGACCUGGAGGCUGAUCAAGUCCAGCUCCUGAGCAGUCUCUUGCUGCUCUGUCUGCACAUUGGGAAUGCUCUCACCUGGCUGGAUCCAUGUGGCCACAGCUGUGACCCCACUGCUGGAACACCGAGCCAGGAGCUGAAACCUGUUUGCAAUAAUUGAAGAUCCUUUGGAGCAAUCAAAGCCAAACAGUUCCAAAAAAGAGAAUUUCUCCUGCUGGUGCUGGGUCCAGUCCUGAGGCUGUCACACCAUUCCCCCUCCUCCAGGUCCCUGCUUCCAGCAAAGGACACGCCAGGAAGCAAAAAUACAUCUUGGAGCAAAUCUGCUGCCAAAAAAAUGGAACUUCCUGAGUGCUGUGCUGAGGAAAACCUGUCCCUGCUGCUGAAUGUCAGCCUUGAGGAACAAGAAUUCCGUGGACUCUUCCUUUCUUGGGCAUUUGCCACCUCUGGCUCGCCAGGCCCAGUCCCUUGGGACCCACAGUGCUGGGAGGGCUCCAAAGGCACUGCACCGAAAUUUGGGAUUUGCUGCAGAUGAGGAAUUCAGCAGCAGUUCUUCUUCCAUCAGCCAGGGCUGUGGAGACACCCAGCAGCUGGAUUGCUGAGGGAAAGCGUUGCUGAGGAUGUGGAGGCUGGAUCUGAGCUGCUGCAGGGGACAAAGGGGAGUGGAGGUGUCCCUCCAUCCCCUCCAGGCUGGGCACAAAGCUAAAGGAAGGUGUGGAUCAGUCUGGACAACCAGGGAGCAUCUUCACCUCCCUGCAGUUGUGGCUGCAGUGGGAGAGAGGAGGAGGGGAGCAGCUUUUGGGGAGUGCAGCACAUCCUCACUGUCCUGGCAUCUCCAGCUCCUUCUGAUCACCAGGAAUUUGUGUCUCCUUGACCACACAGACCCGAAAUUCUUGUGCUUCCAUCUCUUUACCUUCCUUGCUGUUGGCAGCACUUUAUCUUCCAGUGCAGGCUCUGUGCUCCCUCUGCUCCUGCCUGGGGUUGGGCUCUGGGCUCAGCCUGGCAUGGGGAGUGAGAUUCCCCUCAUUGCUGGGAUCAAACUGAGCUUGGAGGGUCUGUCUGGGAUCUCACCACAGUCCCUGAGGUCCUGCAGGCAGCAAGGUGACAUCACUUGCUCAUGAAUGGAUUUACUCAUCUCUUCUUGAAUCCAGAGAUUCCAAACCCCCAGGACUUGACACUCCUUAGUGUGAAACUCGCCCAGCUCUGGGUCACACUCAGUUCAGCUGAGUCACUUUCUUCUUUUUUAGUCAAAUUUUAUCCUUGAGGAGGUCACUUGAGCACUUGCAGCCUGGGAGUGGAUCAGCUCUUCCAUCCCACAUGGAAACCUGUCCAGCUGCAGCAUUGCUCCAGGGCUGUGUGGGGCUGUGUCCCUGCCCUCACCCUGGGGACAGAUUUCCUUCUGAGACGUGUGCUGGGGUCACUUCAGCCUUCUUUGACUUCUUAAAUAACCUUUAUUGGUGCUUUCCAAUCUUCCCAAACGGUUCUGAUGCUGUACAGACACAUCUGGGAGCAGAAUGGUGAGAGCCAGACCUGCCUCACCUGCAGCUCCUGCACCUUCACCCAGCCCUGUGGGGUACCUCAGCUCGGGUGCUCCCCAGCACAGUGAAUUCACUGCACAGUGAAUUCACUGCCUGUGCUCAUUGAUUCCAUCUCAGCCUGGGCUGCCCCUUCCAGGUCCUUUCCUGUGGCCGUGGGAACGCAGCCCUGGGUUUGGUUCUUGCUGGGGUUUGGUUCUUGCUGGGGUUUGGUUCUUGCUGGGGUUGUGUGUUCAGGAAGCAGCAUCUGCCACCAGUGGGUAUUUUUCCACUUGGAAGAGAGUCCAGGUGACAGGGUGGUGACAGGGGGGUGGUGGCAGGGACAGUCCCAGUCCCAGCAGUGCAGAGCUGCUGGGGACACCCAGCCCUGGCUCAGGGAGGGGACAGGAGGGGACAGCCAGUGCUUCCAGCUCCUCUGAGUCCCUUCAGGGCCCACCUUGGCACUGGGGACCUGUGUCCCCCUGUGUCCCCCUGUGUCCCCUGUGCCCUGAGGAUGCUCUGGCUCCCCUGCCCUGCUCCAGGUCCUGCUGAUUGGGACUCCCAGUGCUGGGAGCUGCUCUCAGGCUGUUGAUGGGGAUUCCCCUCCCUGCUCAGCCCUCCCUGGGCCCUUCCUGAGCCCUGGGGCCACCUCAGAGCCUGGCCCAGGGUCACUGUCCCCAGGAGCUGCUCCUGGAGCUGCCAUUCUCCUGUCCCUGGUGCUGAGGUGGCUUUGCUUGGUCACGUCCUGUGUGAUCCCUUUGAUUUUGGUGCUGGAAUUCUCCCUCUGCUCCAAGCCCUGGAAACCUGAGGGGUCUCUGUGGGUUUUGUCCUGGAGAGCUCCACCCUGGAAUGAUCCCAGCUCCCAGGGGUAGCUGUCGUGGAAAAUUCUGCUUUUCUUGUUUUGCCUGAGCCAAAAGCACAGAGAGGAUUGAGGACUGGGAGCAGGGGAGGGCCUUGGACAGGGCUGUGAACCCAAAAUGCUUUUGGGGAGCAGAAACUUCACAGUGUUUUUGUGAACUAUCUCUGCAGCACUGAGGAAAAAUCACAGGAAUUGGAGUUUUGGGAGUACAGAUGUGCAGUCAGUUUAUAAAUAUUUGAAGUCUUACUGGUUUUAAAGGGUUAUUUUCUUUUUUUUUUUUUGCUCCAUUUCCAUUUUCUGCUCCAUUUGCAGGUCAGGUUUUCACUAAAAGCUGUUUCAAAAUGUUGUUGUGCCAUAUUUUAUUUAUCCUUAUACAUUAUAAAUAUAUAAAUAUAUAUUUAGACUGAAUAUUGCAUUGAAAGAUGCUGUUAUUGGGAACUUCAGGGUUUAAACCCAAGACAAAAAAAAUUGGGAAAUAAUUCUCCAGUGUUUUUACUGUUUGGGACCUUCUUCCUGAAGAGGGUCCUUGAGUUCUUUAUGGUGUAAAAACAAAAUCUCAUCUGAAAAUUCCAAGUUUGGCAGUGCUAACCCUGAAGUUCUCAGGUUUGUGAUCCUUUGGUUUUCUCGAGGUACAUCUGGUUGCUUUUCUGGUGCAGUCAAAUAAUUUUUUUAAAAGGUUUUGUCUCUGGAGUUAUUGAGGAAAAGGUGGAAUGGGUUGAUCCAUCCUGCUUGGCUUUUUAACCUUUUAAUCUUUGAAGUGAUCGAUUUCCAAUUAAAACCCAACUUUUUAGGUCUCUGUUCUACUUAAACUUUUUAGGAGUGAGAGCCUGCCCUCGCUGAGUGGGACUUGGAUGGGGAAAGCAGUAGAUGAUGAGGUUGCUGUUGCUCAGGAAUUGAUUAGUAAACUUUUAACUACUAAUAAAAAUCCAUUUUUCAAUGGAUUUUUAGAAAAACCCAUUUUCUUAGGACAGUGAUAUGGGAUGUUUCCUAGUGAAUAGGAAUUAGUUUAUAUAGUUUAGCCUAUUAAACUGAAUUAUUUAAAAUUCAAACUUCCCCUAAUUUAUCUUUUAUUUUUUUGGUUGGUUUGUUUUUGGAUUUUUUUUUUAUAUGCUGGUAAGUUGUUCUGUCAUUCCUUUCAUUCCUGCCUAGCAGUAGUGUGAAUUCUGGUGUGUAUAUAUGUAUGUAUAAUAUAUAUAUUUCCACCCAGCCUUUCUAAUUCUCCACAAUGUAAGAGUUAGUUUUUGCUCCCCUCCCUCCACUUAAUUUCUUGUGUCUCCCUUGAUUUGUAAUUGAAAUGAUGCUUUGAAGUUUUGUCUUUAUAUUAA